AUGUCUGAGUUUAUGGGGUUGAUUAUGGGUGAGUAUGACGCCAAAAGCGGUGGAGGCUUCCGUGCUGCCGGGGGUAGUCUGCAUAACGUCAUGAGUGCACACGGUCCAGAUUCCGAUACUCACGCCAAAGCCAGCAACAUGGAACUAAAGCCAACCAAGGUUGUAGACGGCAGCAUGGCUUUUAUGUUUGAAAGCCCUCUAAUGAUGGGUGUGACAGAUUGGGGCCUCGAGGCCUGCAACAAGGUACAGUAG